CAUCCGCCUGAACCCACCCUUUGUCCAGUUUCCUUCAAACGCCGAAAUCGGAAAAAUCCUACUGCUAAUUAUUAUUCCAACUCCUCCAUUUUAAGGUUUUCACUUGCAAUUCCUCCCUCCCUCUCUCUCUCUCUACUUGUUAAUCAUCAAACACCGAUCAUUCUAGGGAACUCACCUUAAUUAGUCAAUGUAGCUCCUACUGAUAUCCGAUCCCUUCAAAUUCCAAGGGAUCACACAGCUCAAAACUAAGCUGGUUCGGUUAUAAAUUCGAGUCGGUUCUCUAUCUUCUGAAAACGAAUAAUGACGGGAGGCCGCGUGUCUCCAAAAACUGAAAAUUUCUGCAUCAAAUGUAAGAGUAAUCCACUUCAUGGGGCUUCAUUCGAGAUUAUAGAUCAUAUUUCUCCUGUAAAUGAAAAAUGUAGUAUUACUCAUUGUGAUCCCAAACCCUCUGAAAGGUUAAGCACACCCGAGCUAAUCUCUGCAGUAGGCCAUGCGUGGGGUUAUGCGAGUAAGUCUCUCUCUGGUCUUCUGCAUAAGAGUAAUGCCGUGUACGAACCUGAGAUUAUUCCGGAAGGUGGGAUACUUCGUUAUUCUACAGAUAAAGGAACUUCUCAUGCACCUACUUCAGAUGGGGAUCAACCUUGCUCGGUGUUCUAUUUGUCUAGUAAAGAAAAAUCUAUAGAGCUUGUGGAUGAGAGUCGAGAGUGCUCUAGUGAUAGUUAUGGAGCUUCUUCUUUCUGGAGGAUAGUCCUUGCAAGGUCCAUGUUGAUUGAGAGAGCCUCUGUGCAGGAUUGUCUUUUGGGUGCAGGAAUACCUUCGAAUUUCAAGAGCAUGUAUAAUUGGAUGAAUACUCUAGCUCUUUGUAAACCAAACGGUCUGGUAAACUCUGAGAUUGAGAUCAAAAGGGCGGCUGACUAUUAUGACAAUUGUCGUUCAACAAAUUCAGGUGAUGAAAGUAGUUCGUUUCAUAGUUUAGCUACAGGAAUUUCUGUUUCUGAGCCUGAAAUUUCAGAACCUUUAGAUUUAUCUUCUAAAAAAGCUGCCAACUUUGACUUGAAGCCAUCAAAUACGACGUGCUCAGAGAAAAAGGAUGAUGCGCUACCUAUUGAAGCGACUGAUUGUACGAUCUCUACAUCAAGAUGUUAUUUGGACUCCGUAGAUGCCGAAUUAGCAUCACACAGUUAUGAUUGUAAAAAUUGCAUAAAGGAGAGUAGUGAAGGUACAUAUGAGGACCAAAAAGAUCAAGGAGCAACGCUUGUCAAAGCAGAUUUUUUGGAGGCAGAUAUCAGCCUGUAUGGAAAGAGAAAACCUCAGUAUGUGCUUGCGAAACAUGAACAUGCUUUUGCUGGAGCAAUGGCAGGGAUAUUUGUCAGCCUUUGUCUACAUCCUGUGGACACGGUUAAGACAGUUAUUCAGGCAUGCCAUACUAGCCAGAAGCCCGUCCACUAUAUAGGAAGAUCUAUCAUUGCUGAGAGAGGUAUAUCAGGGCUGUACCGUGGCAUUUCCAGCAACAUUGUAAGUUCAGCUCCAAUAUCUGCUAUCUAUACAUUCACAUAUGAAUCGGUGAAGAAAAGUUUGCUUCCUCUUCUGCCCAAGGAAUAUCACUCGUUGGCCCACUGCACAGCAGGGGGUUGUGCAAGUAUUGCUACAUCGUUCCUUUUCACUCCAAGCGAAUGUAUAAAACAGCAGAUGCAAGUUAGUUCACACUACAAAAACUGCUGUACAGGGUUGUCAAAGCAGUAUGGCGGCUUAUGGCGGUCCGCCCGAAAACUGCCACAGGGAUAUGGCGGGAUCUGACGGUCAUUAAUUAAAUAAAUAAAAUAAUAUUUAUAUAUAAUUCAAAAAAUUAGAAAAUAAUAAAAAUAUAACAUCAAAAUUCAAAAACUCUUUAAACAAUUAAUAAAACAUAAAAUAAAAAGCUAUUAUAUAUAAGUCUAAUAAUUAAAGUCUUUAGUUCAACGAAUCAUAAAGCCUUCCUAAGCAAUACUCAAUAGUCAUCAAUCAUCAAGCUCAAUAUAGUCUUCUAGUUCAUCCUCAUCACUAGAGGUGCCCAAGGUUUAUGGUUCCGGCGGUUAACUGCGAAAUCGUAGCCGUCAGUUACGGUUUCGAACCGUAACCGUCGAUUACGGUUUUGAACCGGAAUCGUAAGAAUUUAUCCGAACGGAAACCGUCGAUUUUAGAACCGUGGUUAGGUUCAGGUUCGAAAAUUUCUGAACUGAAACCGUGCCGAAACCGCCGGUUCCGGGCGUUUCCGGGCGGUUCCAACCCCGAAACGUGAAAAACAGCUAGAAAACCGCGAAACCGAGCCGGAACAGCAAAAACCGCCGAAAACCAGCUGUUCAGAACCGUAAAAAACCGCUGCUUAGGAAUCGAAACCGAAACCGACGGUUUUGGAACCAUAACUGCGAAACAUCCUUGCGGUUCGGCAAUUUCCAAAACCGGAACCGGCAGUUUUUUGAACCGUAACCGCCAGUUCCGAAACCGACUGCGUUGAUAGAGAUUCUCCAGAAAGGUGGCUUGUGUUCAUUGUAUGCUGGAUGGGGAGCUGUACUCUGCAGAAAUGUUCCACAUUCUGUCAUCAAUGUAAUGUUGAAAG